AUGAUCUUCACCGCCCGUCAACUUCAGGAGAAGUGCCAGCGGAUGCAGACCCACCUGUACUCUACCUUCAUGGACCUGACGAAAGCCUUCGACACGGUGAAUCGUGAAGGACUGUGGAAGAUCAUGCAAAAAUUCGUCUGUUCGGAGAGAUUCAUCGCGAUGAUGCGUCAGCUGCACGACGGUAUCAUGGCGCGAAUCACGGAAAACGGAGCUGUCUCAGAGGCAUUCGCAGUGACAAACGGAAUGAAGCAGGGCUGUGUGCUGGCGCCUACCCUCUACAGUCUUAUGUUCUCUGCCAUGCUGAUGGACGCCUACCGCGACGAACGCCCCGGGAUCCGCAUCGCCUACAGGACGGACCGUCACCUGCUGAAUCAACGGCGGAUGAACUUCCAGUCGCGCGUAUCCACAACCACCGUUCACGAAGUCCUCUUCGCCGACGACUGCACCCAGAACACCACCUAG